AUGUUGGCAACCCAAGCUUUUGCUCUCAUGGCAGCGCUAUCUUCCGCAACGCAGGAGAUUUUCGGCGACACUAUCCACGCGCUCAGGAACAACAUACAGUUCAGUUUCACAAAUGCCAGAGGCAUCACGCGAACCUACCCAGAGGCAUAUUCCAACGGGAACCGCGCCGGCGGUGUUGAGCUUGACCCUACCCCGUGCGCAGGGCGGGCCCUGUUUGAAUUCCCAAUCCUCGCAAACGGUGCGCAGUACACGGGCGGCAACCCGGGAGCCCACCGCGUCGUCGUCGCGCAAAGUCCAACCAGCCAGACGGCGUAUGAUCACUGUUUCCUGAUGACCCACCAGGGCGUCCAGGACAGGAACGCGUUCGCCAAAUGCAAUACGUACCAAAUACCUGUUGCACAAACAUUCCUGCUGUUCUCCACAGAUAUCCCUUCGCAGAACCUGGGGUUUGUUGACUCUCGCGCAACUACGUUGGACUUGACUAUUGCGGGCAAGGACUACACCAUCCACCAGUCUCCCACCAUCCUGAAUCGUCCCGGUAGUACCACUGGCGCCGUGCUCUGGAAGAUUACCCCUCUCGUAGCCGAGUGGCUGGCUUCGUCCGACAACCUCCUAUGGACGUCAGACGCCCUUUCCUCCUCCUCUAGUGUACUCGAGUUGGGCUGUGGGAUUUCCGGCCUCGUUGGCUUGGUUGUCGCGCCUUCAGUGGCACGAUACACCUUGACAGAUCAAUCCUAUGUAGCCAGGUUAGUGGAGAAGAACCUGGAGGAGAACGUCGCAGUGGCGAAUCCAAAUUUAUCAGGUCAGAGACGCAAGGGGAGGCCCACAGCAGUUCAGCAAAAGGCCAACCUCCGUUUCACCCCAUUAGACUGGCAACUUGAUGAGGUCACUCCAAAUCUCACCGGAGCCGUGGACGUCAGGAGCUUCGACGCUGUCAUCGCCUGUGACUGCAUCUACAACGACACCUUGAUCGAGCCCCUGGUUCAGACCUGCGUCGACGCCUGCAAGUUGAGGUCGCGCGAUGAAGGCGCUGGUAAAGGACCCGCUAUCUGCAUAGUUGCGCAGCAGCUUCGCGACCCGGAGAUCUUCGAGGGAUGGAUCAAGGAAUUCAACAAGCACUUCCGCGCAUGGCGGGUACCGGAAGAGGCCCUAUCUAAGGACCUGCGCUCGAACCCGGGCUUUGUGGUGCAUAUAGGCGUCUUGAGAGAUACGAUUUGA